CGAGAAAUCUCCCGCCCCUGACGCUGAUUAAAACAGGCGGGAGUCUCGAAAGCACAGCCAGCUCUAUCGCGCUCCCGAACUCCAGCAACACCAUGGUUCGAACUAAAGCCGACGCCGGAUCAGGAGCCGCUUCAUACAGGAAGGCUGUCGCAGCUUCUGCGCCGCGGAAAUCGUUGGGCUCCAACUCGUCCAGCUCUUCUCGAGACAGCCAGGCCACAACACCAGGAAAAAACAAAUAUGCGGGAGGCAACCCUGUCUGUCCUCGCCCCACUCCCACCUGGCAGAAGGGAAUAGGGGAUUUCUUCGGGGGUCCUGGAAGGAAACCGGAGAAGGAGAACCAAACGCCCCAUGAGGAAGAUGAUGAUGACGAGGAGGCAGGAGGCAGUGGAGUGGCGACCAGCAGCAGGAAGGCCCGUCCCCUACCUGCUGAGGACGAGGAUGACGACUGAAGUCCCUUUUGUUUUGUAAAUAGUUCUGAUUUGUACAUUUAUUAGUUUUAAAUGUUCCUCAUUAAAAUGUGCGUGUUUUACAUCUGCAGUUGAUGUUCUGUACAUUCAUUCAUGUCCACACGUUUCCCAUUAAAGUGCUCAUAUUUU